ACUAAAGCAUCCCAAAUUCAUAUCAUCCAUCUGCCUACUAGUUUCAUUUGAUUCGAUUACAAACAAUAGAGAUGGCCGUCAGCUUUGGCAAAGGAUUGCUUGUCCUCCUCCUAACCUUAGUAGCCACCUUGGCAAUUAGCCAAGCUGAAACAGUUGUUGUUGGAGGGUCUCAGGGAUGGCGCUACGGCUACAAUUACAAUAAUUGGGCAAAGGAUCACGGUGCCUUUUUCCUCGGCGACACACUAGUGUUCAAGUAUCGUCCUCCUAGCAAAAUCUCGAGGCCUCACAGCGUGUACCUGCUGCCAAACCUGUACAGCUUCUUGACAUGCGAUUUUAGGGGCGCAACCCGGUUGGCAGGUCUGAAUCAAGGAAGUGGAAAUGGCUUCUCCUACGUGCUAAAUCAGGUCAGACCUAACUACUUUGCUAGCGGAGAGGGCGACGACUGCGAGAAAGGAUUGAUGAAAUUCGUUGCCAUACCUCUGUAUCGUCUUCCAUUUCCCUGAUGUGUUUCGCCAAAGCCACAAUCGAUCUGCAACAUGCUUCUGAAAAAUGAGAUUGGAUACGCUUCAUUUUUUGGUUUUUCGUGUGAUAUGUAUUGUAAUAAACUGGAAACAGUAACAAAUAAAUGCUUGUGAUUUUUCUUGUACGUAAGGCUGUUACAUGCACUUGUACGUAAGCCUGUUGCAUAAUAAUUAUGGCUUCCUUUUGGGCACCAAUGAUUCUCUCUAUCUCUCACUCGGUUUCUUUCUCUCUUGUAAUCAAUUAGAAGACCUAGUCAAAUUGUGAGAAGCUCUUCUAUCAAAUAGUGAAUCCGACAUACAAAACAAAUGUAAUCUCCA